UCAGAAUCCCACAAAUAUACUGCGCGAGCUCGAGCCGCAGCUCCCUCCCCACGACCUCCGACUAGCCCCCUGUCUCUCCCCGUACAGCUGCGCGCUCAUACGCUCCGUAGGCGUGUCAAUGCUAGUAAUACACUUCAGCGUUCGGGGUCCAGACAGAGCGCAUCAUGACAUAGAGCGCAUCAUGACAUUGAUGCCAUGUCGGCAAACUUUCGCGUAUCAGUGAUAUGUCCUCCGCUUAUCAGCAUAUAAUUCCCGGCCUCCAUAAGAAAGGGGACGAUAUAUAAGUAUGCGGGAAGCGAGAAGUCCGACCGAUGGGGAAUGCAAGCGCGCUGAAUGCGGCAAGUGUGAUGAGGGAAGACGAGAAGCAAGAAGGCUAGGACGCGAGAAUGAAGUGCCACGCGUCAAGUAUCUCCGCACCGGUGAUCACAUCAUUUGCCGUGUGCGCUAAGCGGGCUCAUCAGAAGCAAACCAGGAAAAGGUCAGGGAUGCACCCUGACGUUCCGGCUGGAGAUAUAAGAGCCACGUCGAGCUUAACAUCCAUCGCAGCCUCGUUAACGUGCCACGCAAUCCGCCCCCACUUCCCCCCGAUGCCCGCCCCAGAAACUACCUCCAAGAUGCCGACAUCGCGUCCCGUCCUUGGCCAUGUAAACUUGAUGGCAGACACCCUCAUUGCCAAUGCCAGCCUCGAAGAGUCAGUCGGUUUCCUCCCGUUCACUUUACGUGCGAUUGUGCGGAGCAUGGUGUCCUCAGGAACACCGGGGGUCGCGGGUGCGCUCGCCACGGCCGCGCGCGCGCGGCUCGUGGAGCAGACGGAGGAGAUCAGGGGAACUGAGACGCUGACGUUAUUCGUUACCACAUCGGCGAAGGAGACAAAGACGAUCGACGCACCAGCCCCUGCGCUCUUCGAUCUCCUUCGCCGGGCACGGGCAUUGUAUGGGUGCGGGAUGGGAUUCGCAAGUCUUGGUGUUCUCGCGACGAUUGUCGACGCCUCGUUGGGCGCGCGCUGGUUCAACGACCAGACGGCGGAGUUGCUGGCUGUGGUUGACUCUGAUAUCGCUCAGGCGAUCCAGAGCUGCAAGGAGGAGAUUGAAGGCGGCCGAGUGGACGACUAUACAGCGGCUAGGCAGAUUGUCGUGAGACUAAGGGAUAGCAUUGAGACGAGCGACGCCGAAGUUGCGCGAUGGGGUGGCGAGCCGCCGUUCGAGCGUGCCGGGUCAAGUUUGAUGUUUUGGAAGGUGUAGUUGUAAGUAAUAGGGAGAUGGUUACACACAGCGAUGACCAUGUAGGCGUAGCUACUAAGCAUGAUACCCGGACAGUGAUCCCAUGAAUCGAG